UAAAACUCAUAUUUUGGGUGACUCGUAUACGGUAGUAAGCGUAUUUGGUGACCCAUUAUCCAUUUUCAUUGUUUGAGAAAAAUGGUGGCAGUGUUCAAUGUGUAUGCACCGCUACCACUGUCGUCUUCCAUUAGAAAAGUAUCAAAAUAUCUUUUUCCUUGUCGCCCAAUAAUUCACACUCAACAUUUCUCCUCUUCUUCUUCUUCUUCGUCGUCGUUAUCAAUUCAGCCCCUAACUCGUUAUUUCCAAAUUGUAUCUCGUUAUCCUCAGUCUUCUUCCUCAAGGACUCGCUUCAACUUCAAUCCCUCUACCAAACUCUUCGUCAGUGGACUCUCAUUUCGUACAACUCAAGAGAGCUUAAAAAAUGCCUUCAACGACUUCGGGGAGCUCCUGGAAGUGAAUUUGGUGAUGGACAAAAUUGCCAACAGACCAAGAGGAUUUGCUUUCCUUCGUUAUGCUACGGAGGAGGAAUCACAGAAAGCAAUUCAGGGAAUGCAUGGCAAGUUUCUGGAUGGCAGGGUAAUAUUUGUUGAAGUCGCUAAGCCUCGAUCUGAACUUCGCCGAAUAACAGGAACAGAACUCCCCCUGGCUGUUUGGCUGCACGGCGAGAUGAAUCGAUACACCAAAUCUUGGUACCAAGACCACCAUUCAACUUCUACAACUCUCGCCGAAUCAUAUCAAAUCAACCCGGAAUGAUGUCAAAUUUCGCAUGCAAGUUUCAAAUGACAGAACGGAGCUAUACCAACUCCUGGAAUCAAAAUCCGAACCCGAUAUCAACAAAGUCAACUCCCGGUCAAAUCUCGCAACCUUCCAAACCUUCAACUUUCCAAUUUUCGCCAAAAUAUGCCGAAACCUUCCUAAUAUUCCUAAUAUUCUUGGUAACACUACACAGUACACUCUGAUUACUGUUGAAUCAUGGUAUACUUUGUUUAUGAUAAAUGCUAUUUUGCUUUUUCUUGGUAUAUUAUAUAGUAUACCAUGAUUACAGUUGAAUCAUGGUAUACUCUACGGUAUACCAACAGUUGAA